AUGUUCCCCCUCUUGCCAUCCCGUUCCUGCCAUCCCGUUCCCCCUCUUGCCAUCCCGUUCCCCCUUGUGCCAUCCCGUUCCUCCUCUUGCCAUCCCGUUCCUCCUCUUGUCAUCCCGUUCCCCCUCUUGCCAUCCCGUUCCCCUCUUGCCAUCCCGUUACCCCUCUUGCCAUCCCGUUCCCCCUCUUGCCAUCACAUCCCCCCUCUUGCCAUCCCGUUCCCCCUCUUGCCAUCCCGUUCCCCCUCUUGUCAUUCCGUUCCCCCUCUUGCCAUCCGUUCCCCUCUUGCCAUCCCGUUCCCCCUCUUGCCAUCCCGUUCCCCCUAUUGCCAUGGUGCCAUGCCCAUCCCUGACACCAGUGCAUAUUGCUGGUGGAGGCCAUAG